UAGGAGGCCGCAGUCGUCUGUCAGCUGGAAAGAUCGAGUCUGGGAGCUUAGCCAGGCCAAAGAGAGCAGUGUUUUCCAUUUAUGCAUUAACAGUUGUUGUCGCGUUUUGGAAAUAACCUGUCGAGACGAUAGCCCAAUAUGAAAUUACAACAGUUGUAGGACCCAGGUGAGUUGAGCUGUGGGACCGGAGGCUGGCCCGCCCCCUGUGCUCCCCUGCCCCUCUGUACGGAUCAGACAUGACCACGGGGGAGUGUUGCCACCUACCUGGGUCAUUGUGUGACUGCACUGGCAGCGGUGCCCUGUCCAAGAAUCUGGACGAAUCAGACAACCGCAGGGCACAGUACGUCACCCAGGUCACGGCCAAAGAUGGACGCUUGCUGUCGACGGUCAUCAAAGCCUUGGGGACUCAGAGCGACGGGCCGAUCUGUCGGAUCUGCCACGAGGGGGCCAACAGCGAAGGGCUCCUGUCGCCGUGUGACUGCACAGGGACUCUAGGCACGGUGCAUAAGAGUUGCCUGGAAAAGUGGCUGUCCUCCUCCAACACAAGCUACUGUGAGCUCUGCCACACAGAGUUCACCAUUGAGCGCAGACCCCGGCCCUUGACAGAGUGGCUGCGAGACCCAGGGCCCAGGAAUGAGAAGCGUACCCUCUUCUGCGAUAUGGUGUGCUUCUUGUUUAUAACACCCUUAGCAGCCAUCUCAGGCUGGCUGUGCCUGCGGGGUGCUCAGGACCACCUGCAGUACAACAGCCGUCUGGAGGCAGUGGGCCUCAUCGCUCUCACCAUCGCUCUCUUCACCAUCUACGUCCUCUGGACCCUGGUGUCAUUCCGCUACCACUGUCAGUUGUACUCGGAGUGGAGAAGAACCAAUCAGAAAGUGCGCCUGCUCAUUCCUGAUGCCAAGGGUGCCCACUCUACCCAGCAUUCCUUGCUCUCCACUAAGCUGCUGAAGAAGACAGCAGAUGAGACCAUCGUAUGAGAUCCUUGGGGUGGGGGGGGCAAAACAAAGUGUUAUUAAUGUGCUAAAGGUUCUUGAUGCACCAUGAAAUAGAGCCACAGCACUUUUGAAUGCAUUUUUCCCGAUUUAAUCCUUUUUUAGCUAAAAUAUGAGUACUUCUUUUUAUUCCCUCCCACAAAUCUCUUUUUAUUGCGAGUGGUUGUUUGGGUAUGGUUUUUUUUUUGGUUUUUCUUCAUUUCCGUAAGUUGUCCAUGGUUUAUUAAUGAUUUAUUUAUUGCUUACACAGCCAUACUGAGGCUCCGUACCACACAGUAUGCUUUAGAUCCAGGGGAGAGUAGGUAUCUGGGACAAGUGCAGGAGAGUGGAAGGACCUACUGCACCUUAGUACCAAACCAUUCUUUUUGGAAUUUUUAAAUUUAUCUUCUAUCUUCGCACCAUUUACAUUUUGAUUUCUUUCGGACGAAAAAUUGGUCUUUGCCAGUUUUUAGAUAAUUUAUCCUGUGUGAUUCUCUGUGGCACAGUUGAAGUGUAUUAUGACAGCUCAAAGCUUUGCUUCCUGUAUGUUAGCUUGGCCGUUUCAGAGAUUUUGGUUACAGGAUGUGUUACAGGAUGACAGGGCCCUUCAGAUGUGACCUGCUAAUGGUUUGGGCCAUAAAAGUGGCCCAAGCACUGGACCUCUUGAACAUGCACCUGCAUAAUGGGGGAUAAAUGUAAAACCAUAAUAGGAGUAUGCAGUGAAACAUUGACCUUUCACCUCACAGUAUGGGACCGUGUACAGAAUCUGGCAUGCGCAGUUUUGCAUGCAUAAUUUUUAUUUUAUUUUUUUGUUAAUUUCAUCCAGUUGGUGACUGUUAAGUUGCUUUUAGAUUUCACCUGUUGAUCAGCCUAGGCUGUGUUCACACCUGUUAAAAACCAAGCGUCUCCAAAAUGCAUAAAAUGGUAUGCAGCAGUCUUACAGUGGUAGCACUUAAUGACAGUAGCCUAAAUCUGAGCUGAUCAAAUGUGUGUGUGUGUGUGUGUGUGUGUGCACGCGCACGCGCACGCGUGAGAGUGUAUUUUGAGUACUUUUUAAAAAUGUAAAACAUUAUUUUAGACUUGUAAAGUGAGUACACAAAAAGAUUUACCUCUUCAGUUCAUUUUUGUGAUGGAUUAACUUUAAAAUGGCACUUAAUUUUGAAUAUGUUCCAGCUACCAGUGACUGACAAGACUGUGGCUGUGUGAAAGGGAAAGGUGUUUGUGUGUGUGCAUAUACAUGUUUUUGUAUCAAGGUCUGUGUUUUUGUGCUGUUUAUUAAUUUCUGACAGUUAUAAAUGGCAGAGAUGUAUGGUGGCAUUCUAAUGGGUUUGUAGCAGUUUUACGUUGUUUAAUAGGCAGUUUUUGGGGACAUUUGGUAACGGGAACAGCUGUAUUUACAUCCAUUUACAACUCUGAUACUAAGCAGACAAGUUUGUCAUUUGGGCCUCUGCACAUUACAAGUUAUAAGAAGAGCAUGCAAAAGCAAAGCCUCCCAUAUAUUGGCUUGGAUACAUAUUGUGUUUUGAUGGAAGGCCACCAUCUCUCCUAAUGGCUCUAUGGACCUCUUGACCAAAGCAAGGCCUUUAUGCAGAUGUUGAGAGACCUUCUCUUGUCAAAUUCUACUGAUAUCCUUGCCCUAAAAGCUUGAUUUCUCAUGACAAGGAGAAUGUUCUGUUGCUGAUGGCUAACACGAUCCGUACUGCUGAUGGCCUGUAUUUAUGGAGGUCCCAAUGAACUAUCGAAUGUCCAGGAAAUAACACUAUCAUUUUGGACAGGAAUUGUACAUUUGUAGAUACAUCUCAUGGUUGUGAAAGGCAACUGAGAAGCAAGGUUUGCUGUCAGUCCAAGUGUGGGUUUGGGUGUAUGUAUGUAUAUGUAUGGUUGUGUUUUGACAUUGGGUCUGUGAAUGUUAGGAUGACUGUCUGAUUGCUGGCCUGAACUUUGACAACAGACCAGUCUGAGCAGUCAGCCUGUAUUGCUAUGGUGACCUUCAGCAAUGCGACAUGCCCUAAAAUACUUGCUUCUGUAGAUGGAAUGAGGGGAAAAAAACAUGGGUGAACGUCUAAGAAAUAAAUCCAUCAUUGUGGUGUUUGCACUAUUCACCUCCUAGUUAUUAAUGUGGUAUAACUCACCAGAGAGAUUUCCUGCAAAUUAUUGUUUCUUUUCUAAGUGUCACCCAACACUCUAAAUAAAUUAUCUUCUAUGACAAUGUUAUGUUUUGGAAAACGUUGUGCAAUAGAUAUAGUAGAAGCUUUGGCAUUAAUUGUAAUUUUUAUUUUUAACAUUUUGGGAAAGAACAAUGUUGCAAAAUUACCUAUCAUUAUACUCAUAACUGUUUUGUCACAGGGCGGAACGGCUUUAGAUAAAAUCUGCUCAUUUUUGCUUAACAUGAAAGCUCAACUUUUACCACGACAGGGGAAACUGCAACCUGAUGGAAGCUCAGCAGCUACGUGCAGUUUUACCAGCUAACUCCUGCUUUUUAGAAACACUGUCUGUUGUUGGUGUGCUUCCAUCUGACAUGUCUAGCCCCUCUUGUCUUUCUGGCCCAUUGUUUAUUUUGCAGUGUGGGGUUCUUUUAAAAAAAAAAGAAGAAACAACAAACAAACAAAAAACUGGCGCAGAGACAGGAGUGCUGGAGUGCAAUUUCAAUAACAUUACAAUGCACUUGUUACCUAUAACCUUAACAGUACCUGUAAAAGUAUGUAGUUGUAGAUGUAUGAAGGAUGAUGGGACUACAGUCACAAAAAAAGGUGGACAUUGCGUUGGUUGGUUGGUUGGUUUUUAUAAGUGUUGGUGGAUGCUCAUGAGUUCCUUCCACUAUGCAACCCCGCAAAUACAGAUAAGCAGCUCAAAGGGUGUGUCUGUGACCUAGGUUGAACACGGCUGUGGUCUAGGGUUAACACGGCUGCCCGAACUGUUCUUUUUACCCCAAAACAUGCAUGCCCUUUAUUUCAUUAUCAUCAUCAUCAAAAUCAUCAUCAUCAUCAUAAUAAUUAUUAUAUUGCACUUUGACAAAUUUAUGAUUGGAAAAUGGUCUGCCCUUUUCCAUAUCACACAUUUCAGAGGUGGUGUGAAAAAACACCCUCCCUGAUAAUAUAUUUAUCUCAAGAUAUGGAGAACUGGUCAACUUUUGUUUCUUUUAUUUUUUAAAAAAGGCCAAUUUCUUUUCUUUUUUUCUUUUUUCCUCCAAGAUGACCAUUGUAAACAUUGUACAGUUUUUCUUUCCAUGCUGUCAUUCUGUUAUAAAGGAUUCAAACUAUCAUUUGCAAUGUACGUCUCCGUUUAUUCCUCGGGCACCAGAGUUUUAUCACUCUAGCGCAUUUUUCAAAUACUAUGAUGUCUUUGUAGUGCAGUGGACAAAGAACGGUGUGUCUGUAUUGUCCUCACCAAAAUAUGUUGGUGCUUGCAAUCAGCCAAGAAAAGCGUGCAAAGCAAAUUAAAAACUGAUGCUCUGAA